UUCUAAUUGGCUUUCAAUAGCUUGUCAUUUCCUCUAAAGAAUAGUCGUGCUCACUUUUUCCCAGACUCUUUGGACAGCAAAGCAAAGAGGAGCUUUACUCUGGUUUCUGUUUUGAACGCUCUGUCAAUCUGCUGAGGCUUCAGAAAAGUGAAUGACUGAAAGCAAUGACAUCUUUGCAGACGUGGCCACUUUCCUUCCUGCUUGUUAUUGCAGUGCACUGUUCUAACUCACUGGAAGACAACAAGAUCCCCAGUUUAUGCACAGGCAGCCCAGGUAUCCCAGGAUCUCCUGGAUUGCACGGCAGCCCUGGUCAGCCUGGCAGGGAUGGACGAGAUGGACGUGAUGCGCAACCAGGAGAGAAAGGCGAAAGUGGGAACAGAGGAGAGCCAGGUCAGCCAGGUAUAAGGGGUCUCACGGGAGACAGAGGCGAUCCAGGGGAAAGGGGAGAAAAAGGAAGCCCAGGCGAGUGUGCAGUGGCACCCAAGUCAGCGUUCAGUGCCAAGCUUUCUGAGGCCCGCACUGCACCCCUGACAGUAGGGGAAGCAAUACGCUUUGACAAGAUUAUUCUGAAUGAGCAAGGGGAUUAUAAUCACGAAACCGGACGUUUCACCUGCAGAGUUCCGGGUGUUUACUACUUUGCUGUUCACGCCACAGUCUACCGCUCCAGCUUACAGUUUGACCUCAUUAAGAACGGACACACUGUGGCCUCCUACUUUCAGAUCUUCGGGAACUGGUCCAAACCGGCCUCACUAUCCGGAGGAACAUUGAUGCACUUGAUUCCAGGUGAUCAGGUGUGGGUGCAGAUGGCACUGACCGAAUACACAGGGUUUUACUCCAGCCCUAAGACUGACAGCACGUUCACUGGUUUCCUAGUGUACUCAGACUGGAAAAACUCUGCUGUAUUUGCUUAGAUGUAAGACAUUUAUAUUUCUGCACCUAGAUAUCGGCAAAGGUGAGACAAAGGCCUUCUUUGGUCAGCACUUGGCCUACAGUAGAUCUCUCCUGUUUCAUCAGCUAUUCCAAUGAAUUAUAUUCAGCUUUGAACAAAUUAUCCACAUCAGGUUCAACACAUUCCAGUAAAAACGCACGCACAAAUUGUUUAUUCUGGUUAGCAGUCUGUAUUUUGUGAAAAAGCAUAAUAAAAUACUUUCAAUCA